CAGACCGGCGUUCUGCCUGCGUGCGCUCCCGCAAAGCGCGCACCGCCGGUCAUAAAACGAGCUCAUAAAAAGUAGGCAAAUGGACAGAGCCCCGGCACGAGUAGCACCUGACUGAUUUUAUUGUGUUUUGUACAUCCAUGGAGGAAAAAAAAACUUUGCUCUGACAUUGCGUUAAAUAGGAGCGUAGACGAUGGAAGUCAGUCUCCAGUCAGGCUCCGGAUCUUGGCCAGACAAAGCCGGGCUUCUCUGAACCUCACAGCAUCUGUUUCAGUCAGUGGAACUGCAAUCUCUGAAAUCAAAGUCAGAUUUGUCUGGGAGAGGAAGAUAUGAAGGUGGCAAGCUCCCUCUGGCUCCUGUUUUCACUCACGGUGUGCAGGGCGGCGGCAGGCGCUGAGCCCACCGCAGACACAUCGCUCAGACCUGGGCAGGGCAUAAUGGAGAGCCAGGGCCAGGCGCUGAGCCAGCGUCAAUACAAAUGUCUUGAGCCAUCCAGCAGAGACCAGCCACACAACAGAACCGGUGUGUACUGUAGUCGUAUGUGGGACGGCCUGUUGUGUUGGGAGGAAACACCUGUUGGGACAUAUUUAACCCAGAGCUGUCCAGAUUACCCCGGACAGGACCCCACCGGAAAAGUGACAAAAUACUGUGACGAAUGGGGUAAUUGGGUCCAGAGUCCCUCCAUUAAUAAGACUAGGUCCGGCUGUCUACCGGCUCCAAAGGACAAAUUAAAGGCGGCAGCCACCCAGCUUUUAGGGGACCCUGCAGUGGAGCCCACCAUUGAGGCCAGAGUCAGUCCCAUGGUCAGCCCACAGGAAGAAGAAAUCAUCAGGAAGAAAAUCCUUGACGGCCAGUACAAGUGUUUUGAGAAAAUGAAUCGAGAUCCUCCUUAUAACAAGUCAGGGCUGUUCUGCAGCCGUAACUGGGAUGGCUGGCUCUGCUGGGACGACACUCCGGCGGGAACCUACACGUCCCAGAACUGCCCCAAUUACUUUGUCGACUUCGAUUCCACAGAAAAGGCAACUAAGUAUUGUGGGGAGAACGGGCAGUGGUUUCGCCAUCCAGACUCCAACAGGACUUGGUCCAACUACACACUCUGCAAUGCAAACACCAAGGAGAAGUUAAAGUCGGCGUACAUCCUCUAUUACAUGGCAAUAGUGGGUCAUGCUUUGUCCAUCGCCUCCCUGCUCGUCUCUCUGGCCAUCUUCUUUUACUUCAGGAGCCUGAGCUGCCAAAGGAUCACACUGCACAAGAACCUCUUCUGUUCCUACGUGCUCAACUCUGCCCUCACCCUCAUCUCCCUAAUCGCUGUGGUCAGCAACCCCGAGGUGGUUGGCCGAAACCCGGUUGGCUGCAAGGUCUUGCACUUCUUCCACAUGUACAUGCUGGGCUGCAACUAUUUCUGGAUGCUCUGUGAAGGCAUCUACCUGCACACGCUCAUCGUGGUGGCUGUGUUUGCUGAGGAGCAGCACCUGCACUGGUACUACCUCCUGGGCUGGGGAUUUCCCUUAGUGCCGGCGUCCAUCCACGCCGUGGCAAGGAAGAGGUAUUUUGAUGACAACUGUUGGAUGAGUGUGGAAACCCAUCUGCUCUACGUGGUCCAUGGCCCCAUAAUGGCAGCGCUUCUUGUCAACCUGUUCUUCUUGCUGAAUAUUGUAAGAGUGUUGGUGACCAAGUUGAGAGACACACACCGGGCAGAGUCCAACAUGUACAUGAAGGCAGUGAGAGCCACCCUGAUCCUCGUGCCGCUGCUGGGAAUUCAGUUCGUCAUCUUUCCCUGGAGGCCGGAGAACCGGCUGGCUGGGGAGGUCUACGACUACAUCAUGCACAUACUCAUGCACUACCAGGGUUUACUGGUGGCAACAAUAUUCUGCUUUUUCAAUGGGGAGGUGCAGGCGGCUCUGAAAAGGCAGUGGAUGCAGUACAAGACCCAGUGGGGCCAGCGGCGGCGGGACCACUGCUCCAUGCGCUCCACGUCCUACACAGCCACCUCCAUCACCGAGGUACCCACCUUCAUGUAUCACCAUGACUGUAACAGCGAACACUUGAACGGGCGCCACACGGAGGACUCGGAACUGGUGGCACUAAAAACAGGGGAGACGUACGCUUGACCCGCGGGUUGGACGGAGGAAGAGGAGGAAGAGCAGCGGUGGGAGCAGCAGAAGAACCAUGAGGAGCAACUGGGAUCUAUGCCACAGAGACAUAGGAAAGAAAACAAAUGUGGUUUGCCUGCCGCAUCUCCGUGACUCCAACCGCGAGGCUAAGACUGGUCUGCUCAAACCCCGGACUGUGGGAAGACAUUUUACGGGUCUGGAAAUAAAGAGCUAAUUGAGAUGGAGGUGGAUUAGCUAAGAGGCUGGCGCUUCAUUUUAUGUCACAUUGCUGCUGCUGUGCUGGUUUUGGAGAACUUGUGGCAUGAAGCGACAGCUGCGCUUGAAACGUGUCACCUCCUAAGGCUGCUAAACUGCGUGAGCUUGCUCACAGUCGCAGGGGCUUCUGAUGGUGGAGACGGAAAUAACUGUGACAGCGAGGGUGGUGAAUUCUUCUGUUAGGAAGGCAGUGAUAAUGAAUGUGACAAUGAUGAUGAUGAUGACAGCAGGUAUGAAUGAUAUGAUGUAGAUGAGAGUCAUAAUUAAGAUGAUGAUAAUUGAGAAGGUUGUAAUGAAGAACGAGGAAUUCUACUUCAGCUAACUUUACUUAUACCAAAAGGUACUGCAUGUUGGUCACAGGUGCAAAAUGGCAAUUUGUGUCUGGAUUAAACUGAGCACAGAUGUGAUACCCCGAAGUAAAACGCACAUAAUCACAUGAUGCACACACACACACACACACAUACACUUACACACACACACGCACAUGCACACACAGCACAGGCCCGAUCAUAUGUGCCAUAGCAGAGGUCAAAAAUCAAAAGGCCCUACAACUGUGUACAUAAUGUAUGUUCACCUUUUCAUUUAAAAAGUGUUAACAUGUUUUGAAAUGGAUUUUUUUUCCCCUCUCUGUUUUAUUUCUUGCCAACUCCUAAGUACCUGCUGACUGUCUGUCCUGUGACGCUGCACUCCCGACUGCUUUGCUGUUUUUGCAGUUGCUGUAUUUGUGCCAUCACUGAACAUCACAGGGCUGAGAAGCAUAAAGUCCAGAAAUGCUAAACACACAGAAAUAUGAAUAAAAUUAUCUAUAUAUUUUGA